AUGCAGGCGAGAGUGUCAUUUCAUAUUUAUAGGGCAGUGGGCUGGUGGACGAAACAGCAGAAGUUGGACGGGGUCAACGACCUGGUGCAUCUAUCGAUCGUACAGCCUCCCUCCCUUGCACGUUAUCUAACGCUCAUUAUUCAUAUAUACGGCGAGGGCAACCAGUGUGGUGGAACACGCGAGUCGCGGCUCGUGAUCGCCGGGUCACGCAGCGCCGAGAUUGCACAAAAGGCAAAGUCGGAAGGAACGGGCUUCACUGUGACGCACGAAAGCAACGAGGCAAACAAGCAGACGGAUCACCUGAUGGUAAGCGACCAGCGCACCCUAUGGACACCUGCAACACCAGAGGAGUCACAGGACUUGAUCUUUGAGGCACAUAGAAAUCAAGACUAA